GCGAUAGUUUCCAACGUGACCCUGGCUACCGAACCUAGACGCUUCCUCUUACGGAUCCGAACUCCCCCCCUCCCACUCCUGAUCAAUAAUUGGAAUGUACCGCGGCUAUAUAAGUGCACAGAACACUAAACACACAAUAUUCACAUCUCAACUGCCGCAAGAAACUGCAGUAAUCAUGUACAAGCUGAUUGUUCUUGCUGUUGUCCUCACUGUGGCCGCUGCGGCCCCCGCGCCUGGUGGCUUACUGCACGCGCCAGCGUUAGCGUACGCAGCCCCUGCCAUCCACGCAGCACCCGUUGCAUUAGCUGCACCCGUUGUGGCUGCUCCAGUUGUGAAAGCGUACGCUGCUCCAUUGGUGGCAGCACCAGUGGUCAAAGCAUAUGGCCACUCCGUGGCUUACCCUGGCCUGUAUGGUGGCCACUACUUCUAA